AUGGUCCACAUUCUGAGGCUCUCGGCCCUAGUUCUUUGUGCUGGCCAUGGGGUUCUUGGUGAUUCGAUAACCGUGGAGGGUCCGGGUGUCAAGUUCGUUGGUCUGCAAAACAAGACUUCUAUGAUCAACACUUUCAUGGGCAUCAGGUAUGCUCAAGCACCAACUGGAGAUCGGAGGUGGAGAGCACCAGUGCUGGUUGAGUACAAUAACGAUGUUAAUACACCUUUGCAACUCAUUGACGGAAUACGGCCGGGUCCUCUGUGUGUCCAAUCCACUCCAUACUGGGGCUUGGAGGGCGCAACAGCAGCUGCUCGGGUACGAAAGCGACAAGACAAUGGAGAUGAAUCCGAAGACUGCCUUUUGUUGAACAUCCAAACACCCAUGCUACCUAAAUACCAGAGACUGCCUGUCCUCGUAUACAUACAUGGGGGAGGUUAUCUCGCUGGUGGUCAAAUUGCAAGCACUGGAGAUAGUCUUGUCGGCCAGUCGAAUGGGACAAUGAUCUUUGUAGGACUGCAAUACAGACUAGGACCGCUUGGCUUUCUAUCCGGAAACGAUGUUAAGAAGGAUGGGACAGCCAAUGCUGGCCUCCUGGAUCAGAGAAUGGCUCUCAAGUGGAUUCGAUCCAACAUCCACAUAUUUGGGGGCGAUCCCAACCGCGUUACUAUCUCUGGGGGCAGCGCGGGAGGGGGAUCUGUCACUAUGCAGAUGGUGAUGUACGGUGGAUCAGAGGAAGCACCAUUUCAAGCAGCGAUUCCAGAGUUUCCGUGGUGGACCCCGCUAUACGACAACGGGUGGCAGCAACAACAGUAUCGAGAGUUCUUGAGGGCAGCUAGAUGCUCUUCAUUGAAGUGUUUGCGAGACGCCUCACUUUCCCGCAUACGUUCAGCUACAGAGACUGCAUUCAAAACAGCCUAUCACCACAAGGAUUACGCGUUCGGGACAUUUUACUGGGGACCGGUGGUCGAUGGACACGUCAUCCCCGACCAUCCUGCUCGCCAAUUUAGAAAUGGGCAUUUCACGAAAGUUCCCGUCAUGACGUAUCGAAACUUUGACGAAGGAUUUCUGUUCACCAAUUUCUCACUAGCGUCAGAAAGCGAGGUUAUGUCUGAUCUCACCUCUCUAUGGCACGACUCGGACGGCUUCUUUGCUGAGACUGUAUCGAUGCUCUAUCCUACGAGUCUUUACAAUCGAACCCAUCUCGACGCCUUGACUAUUUACUCGGAGGCUCGGGAGGCUGGGAUUCUGGAAUACCCUCUUUCGGACUCUUUCGUGAAGCGGUCCGCCAUUAUUGGCGACGCUCUAGUGAAUUGCCCAACCAGACAUAUUGCUAGGUCAGUAGUCAAGUAUGGUCAACCGGCCUACAAGCUCGUCUUCGACGCAGGCUACCAGUUUCACGGAACUACGGAUUAUUAUCUGUACAGUAGUGUGACGAAUGCCGAUGGCUCGAAUGAAGGAACGUUCUCUUUCCCUGGCAACGCGACCUUGGCCAACAUCAUGCGAGGCUACUACAUUUCCUUCGCUCUCAAUCAUGACCCCAACGGUGAUGGUGAUAAAACAGCGAAACCUUCGUGGCCUAAAUAUCAAGAGGAAGACUCCAAAGUUCUUUGGGUCGGGUACACAGAUAUCGAAGGUCGCGCUGAUCCAGACAACUCGGCCAAUUGCCAGUUUCUGCUGAACACACGUGGUACCAACUGCGGCCUGAUUGAGGACUGGUAA